AUGGAAAUCGAACGAUCAUCUGGUAUAUUAGUCCAUAUAUCGUCGUUGCCAUCUUCAUACGGUAUUGGUGAUUUUGGACCAGAAGCCUAUAAAUUUAUAGAUUUCUUGGUGGAAACACGACAAAAAAUUUGGCAAAUUCUACCAAUAACACCAACCAAUUCGCCAUCACCAUAUUCAGGAGUAUCAGCAUUUGGUGGUCAUUGGUGGUUGAUUUCGCCUGAGAAGUUAGUCGAGAACAAUUUCUUAUCAAAAAAUGAUUUGAAAAACAUCAAUGUAUCUAAAUUUCAUGAUGAUUAUGUUGCUUAUAAAGAUGUACGAAAUUCGAAAGAAGAACUAUUAGCAAAGGCAUAUGAAAAUUUCAAGAUGAAUGAUAAAGAAGCAGAAAAUAAAUUGAAGAAUUUUUUCGACGAGCAACGUUAUUGGAUUGAUGAUUUUACCUUAUUUCUGACCAUUAAAGAACAGGUAAGUCUAGUAUACUCUGUCUCUUAUAGUGAUUUUAUUGAUUGUCACUUUAACGGCUGACUGGUGUAAUUUGAUGUGUUCAUUUGCAGUACACAAAGUGUUUCGAAAAUAAAACGGACAGAAGUCUAUAAUUUUUGUUUAGAAACAGAAUUCGAGAAUUCGGACAUGAUCGAUUUUUUUUGCACUAAAUGAAAUAAGAGAUUCAACCAACUUCUAUUCAGCUAUAUGUAUACCAGAUCCUGUUGAUUCCGACGAUUGUCAAAUCCGGACUCAAUAAAACUUUCGACUCUAGAUGAAGAUUCAAUAAGUUUCUGUUGUCUGAUGACAGAAAUAAAUAGA